AUGUCGGCGGCCCCGGAGGAGGCCGAGUGGGCGGGGGGGAGCAGCCCUGCGGGGGAGCCGUGCGGCGAGGCCCGGCGGCUGGCCGUGGAGGAGCUGCUGGCCCACGGCCGCCACGCCUUCGUGGCCUUCCUGCGGCGGGAGCGGCUGCCGCGCUUCCUCUCGGAGCGGGACGUCCGGCACCUGCUGCGCGCCGCGCGGGCCCCGGGGGACCCCGCGGACGACGACCCCGCCGACGACGACCCCGCCGCCAUCCCCGCCGCCCCGGCCAGCGGGUCGGGCUCCGGCACCUACUUCCCCGAGGCGUGGGAGGAGGAGCCGCCGGCGCUGGAGCUGGGCUGGCCGGCCUUCGGUCGGGGGGCCUACCGCGGGCCCACGCGCCUGCAGGCUCACUUCCACCACGGACACGGCUGCAAGCGGGCCCUGCAAGCGCAGAUCCGCUCCGCCACGCAGGUUAUUGCUUUGGUUAUGGAUUCUUUCACUGACAUAGAUCUCUUCAGAGACCUGCAAGAAGCCUGCAGGAAGCAGGGGGUUGCAGUGUACAUUCUCCUGGACCAUUCUCUACUCUGCCAUUUCCUCGAUAUGUGUAUGAAUCUGAGAGUUUAUCCCGAACAGGAGAAGCUUAUGGCAGUCCGCACUAUUACUGGAAGCACCUACUAUACAAGGUCUGGGACAAAAAUCGUUGGGAAAGUCCAUGAAAAGUUUAUGUUAAUUGAUGGGAUCAGAGUGGUAACUGGUUCUUACAGCUUUACCUGGACCGAUGGCAAAUUAAACAGCAGCAACUUGGUGAUUCUGUCAGGCCAAGUGGCCGAACAGUUCGACUUGGAAUUCCGCAUCCUUUACGCUCAGUCAAAGCCGAUUAGCUCCAAGCUUCUGUCCAGCUAUAGGAUCAGUGGCAAGUUCGAUCAUCUGGUGAACAAAAUGCUUCCAACCAAGGAACUCGCGGUGGGAAAUCUCCUGAGAAUGCAUCUAGCCAAACGCGCCGGCACGACUCACAAAGCCGACCCGGAAUCGAAGCUGGUUUCGGAGAACAAGGAGGAGGUGAAACGCCACGAUUCAGAGUCUUCCACCGUCAGUGAGGAGGACUUCCAAAGCAGCUGUCAGGCUGAAUUGAAUCUGAGAGAGGAAAAUGACGCCUCCACCCAGACGGAGCCCUGGAGAAAGACGGCUGAGACGAGCUGGUGUGACGCGGGCACGCAAACCGAUGUGGCCACAGCUCCUGUUGGAACCCAGACCUUGAUUGUCACCAGGGGGGUUGGCUCCCAAGCGAUAGUCGAGACCGGGUCCGCCGCGACGCAGACCGAGGGGGACGACAACGGGGACCUGCCCUCGUCUCAGGGGACCGGGUCUAAGGACGGGUCACCGGCGUCCAAAAUGUCCCGGUCCACCUCUUCUAGCCUGAAGUCUACUUGUUCUUCUUUGUCCUCCCAGGAUUCUCUGGCCAGUUCUACCAGCUCUCUGUCUUCCAUUAGGAACACCGAGUUCCUCAACCCCGGCUAUCCAAAGUACCUUGGCAACAACCACUUCGAACUGUACUUAAGAGACUCCGUUAGAAACUUGAAUAAAGAGAGGCAAUUUCACUUUGCCGCCAUCCGGUUCCGGCUCAACCACACGCUGGCCAUUCUCUCCAGGAGAACGUUCUUGGCCGAACAUUACCUGGGAUGUAAACCCAGAAGUUACACGAGAACACCCCUUAAUUCCACUGGCAACAAUUCAUUAGCUAUUCGAGACGCUGCACUUUAUCCUUCAUACUGAUGACUGUUACCACUGGCUGGUGUGUGUGUUUGUGUGUAUGGGCCCCCCUCUCCCAACAAUUCGGCUCGCAAAGUGAGCUUCCUUCCUUGACGGCUUAUGCCGACUACUCAAUGGCACUGUAUUUUUGGUCUUUUCAUAUUCUGUACCUUAAGUGCCUUAGCUUUUAGUUUUUGAGCACUAAAACUUUUAUUCCUCUUGGAGCUUUGAAUGUAUCUAUAUCCGGCAUACAUGCAUUAAAUGUAGGUAUCUGUUAGUGUAAGGGAUGAUUAUUCCAUGCUCGUAUUUAACACGGUUUUGCCGUUUAAACGAUUAUUUCUUUGAACUAUGGUGGUGGUUUUAAGUUUUAUGUAUACAGGGGAUAGAAAUACAUUGUAGGGAUUUUCCCUGCCUGGGGCUGAAGGUGCAAUUUUUGAUACUGCUGUCUCUUUGUCUCAAUCACUGUUGUCUUCCUAUUUACAGGUGGAAUGCUAUAAUUGGAAAAAUUCCACCCCUUGGAGCAGGAAACAAAUCCAAAUAUUUUCCUUUAUGACAUGUAUCCAGCACUAAAUAAAU